UCCCUUCUCAGCAUGGAAACAUCAUUUCACCUGCCACCCAAAACCCCCAACCUCAGCUCAAAACCCCCAAUUUUUAACCUCAGCCACUCAACAAUGGCGCACACCCCAACCCCCGCGCAAGUCCACAAAUUCCCCCAGCACACAUACAUCGACGCCCUCCGGUGGCUGCCCCACCUCUCCACCUUCUCCCGCCACGUCCUCCUCGCGGCCUACGACUCCAACACCUCCACCCCCUCCCUCCAAACACUCACUUUCUCCCCUUCUGAAACCGCCCCUUCCCUCAUCCCCCAAGCCUCUGCCCUCGCCCCCUCAAGAAUAACAUUUUUGAAAAUCUCCCCUUCUUCCUUAAGCCAUUCCAGAGCCCUAAUUGCUUCCGCCACUUUUUCUGGCUCACUGCUAUUUCACUCCGCUGAUUUGAUUAAUGGGUUUUUAGAUCUCGAGUUCUCCUUGCCGGAGAUGGGGUUUCAUUCGUGGCCCGUUUCGGCGAUUGAUUUGAACGAGAAUGGGUCGGAGUGUGUGAGCGUUGGAGAGGAUGGGUGUGUCAAUUUGGUGAGCGUGUCGGCAUGGAAGGGUUUUAUGAGGGUUUAUGAUAGUAAGGGUUUGGUUUCGUAUAGUUCGGUGAAGUGGGCUUCGCCUGUGGAAUUCAUCACCGGCGCGUUUGGGUUUGGCCUUCAUUGGUGGGAUCAGCGGAAAGCCGGUGGGCCGGUGGCGUUGUUCAAGGAUGAUUGGACAAAAGAAGCUGCUUCAGGCAUUGUACAUACCAUUGAUAUUCAUUCAUCACGAAAACACACUUGCCUUGCAGGAGGCUCUUCUGGUGUUGUGUUUGCAUGGGAUAUACGUCGGCCAAAGCAUCCUGUUAUGUUGUCUGGGGCUGGCAUUGGUGAUGCACCAGCAAAUUCCAUAGUAGAAAGUGAUAUAUGAGAGGUCCACUAUGACAACUAUACCCAUUCUUCCAAGAUGAGUAACUCGUCAUCAUCUACUAUUCUGCCUACUAUGAUUUCAGAGGAUGGAAUACUCGCUGUGAUUGAGCAAGGUGAAGAGCCAACAGAGCUUUUGGCUGAACCAUGUGCAGUAAAUAGCUUUGACAUCAACAGGGAAAACCCAUCGAUAUGAAGUCAUAUGCAGUUUGGAGUGGGAAUCCGUUGCUAUUUUAACACGGCCAAAAAGCUUGACUUGAGGAAUGUGUCCAUAUAUGGUGAACUCAAUUUUGAACAAAGUUUUUGUGUAUUGGGAUGUAGAUAGUCUUGGUCAGUUAUGAAAUGGGAUGCAUACCAAGUUGUCGAGAUGAGACAGAUUAUUGCUUGUAGAACUAUUGUAUUUCUGUUGGGUUUGUCUUGCAAUGAAAUUCCUCGACAAAUUUGAAUC